AUGGGACAAGACCUGCUCAAGUGGAAUGGAUGGGGAUAUAGAGAUUGCAAGUUUGUUUUGGAUCCUGUCAAAGAACUUGUAUCAUUCGAAGGUGACAGGUACCAACUUAAAGGACCAUUACCAUACUUAAAUGGGUGGCUAGAAACCAUUGAAGGGGUCAACUUAAAAGCAAAUCGUGAAGCACAGCCUGAUAUUCCAGCUGAUAAGAUCCCUAAAUCUAUCAUCAAUGAUGGAUUCUUAGAUGACUUCAGAAGAAGUGGUAUAUCACACACAUUUGAUCCACAUGAUAGACUCUUCAGGGCUCAUGGACAUACCCUUCAUGACUUGUUUACGCUGAGGGAAGGUAUCUUUAAAAGAAUUCCAGAUAUUGUUAUAUGGCCAGACUGCCAUGAUGAUGUAGUAAGAAUGGUUAACAUGUGUACCAAGCACAAUGUUUGUAUUAUUCCAUAUGGAGGAGGAACUAAUGUGACAAGAGCAGUAGAGUGCCCAGUUGAUGAGAGGAGAAUGAUUGUUUCACUUGAUAUGUCACAGAUGAAUCGAAUCUUAUGGGUGGAUGAGAAGAACCUGACAGCUCAUAUUGAAGCUGGUAUAUUUGGUGUAGAUCUUGAAGAAAAGUUAUCAAAGUAUGGUUUAUGUAGUGGACAUGAACCUGAUUCAUGUGAGUUCAGCUCUUUAGGAGGGUGGGUUGCUACAAGAGCUUCAGGAAUGAAGAAGAAUGUAUAUGGAAACAUUGAGGAUAUAGUCGUCCAUAUAAGGAUGGUUACACCUCAAGGUGUCAUUGAAAAGAAUUGCCAGGUUCCUCGUAUGUCUACUGGUCCUGAUCUUCAUCAUUUCAUUCUGGGAUCAGAAGGUACAUUGGGUGUUGUGACAGAGGUGACAUUAAGAGUUCGUCCUAUACCUCCAUGUAGGAAAUAUGGAUCUGUAGUCUUCCCUAACUUUGAACAAGGUGUUCAGUUUGUAAGGGAAGUAGCAAGGCAGAGAUGUGCACCAGCUUCCAUUCGUUUGAUGGACAAUGUUCAGUUCAGGUUUGGAAUGUCCCUCAAGCCACCAUCAGAAUCAAUCUGGACAUCUCUCGUUGACAGUCUCAAGAAGGUCUAUGUCACAAAGUUAAAAGGCUUUGAUCCAGAGACAAUGGUUGUUACAACACUUCUAUUUGAAGGAACUAAAGAGGAAGUUGCAGCUCAGGAGAAGAGGGUGUAUUCAAUUUCAUCAAAAUUUGGAGGUUUGGCAAGUGGUGAAGACAAUGGCCAAAGAGGAUAUAUGAUGACAUUUGCUAUUGCUUAUGUCAGAGAUUUUGCCAUGGACCAUUACAUCAUCGCUGAGUCAUUUGAAACAACAGUACCUUGGGACAGGGUUCUUGAUGUAUGCAGGAAUGUAAAGGAACGUAUAACAAAGGAGUGUGCAGCAAAUGGUGUACCAUAUGCCCCAAUCAUUAUGAGCAGAGUCACCCAGACAUAUGAUGCUGGAGCUUGCAUCUAUUUCUACUUUGCGUACAUGUACAAGGGCAUCCCAAAUCCAGUGGAAGUCUAUGAAGAAAUUGAGAAUGCUGCUAGAGAUGAGAUUAUAUCCAAUGGAGGAAGCCUGUCACAUCAUCAUGGAGUUGGCAAGCACAGGAAGCACUUUAUGAAGGGUACAGUAUCAGACGUUGGAAUGAUGGCAUUACGAGCAGUCAAAGACAGACUAGACCCUGACAAUAUCUUUGGCAAUCAGAAUCUAAUGUAAUGCAAGUUCAAUACUCCUGUUUCUCUUACAGUACAGUGCAAUUGAUAAAUCAAAUCAUGAUAUUGUUCUGUUGGUAAGGGUCACUGUCAUUAAAGGUGCACACUGGUUUCAGGUAUGAAUAUACAUCUUGUAUAGUCAGUCUGAUUUGAUGAUAAUGAUUAAGAUCAUUUGAUAUGAUGGCAUUUUUUUUUCAUUUUGAACAUUGGAAACUUCAUAUGCUUCGUUGGGAUGCAGAUAUCCUCUAUUCAAUUGAAAAUCGUAGGUAAAAAUCAGAAGUUGAAUGUGGAUUUGUAUAUUUUGUGACUAAUGUUUUUGUUAAUUGAUAUUGUACAUCAUCUACCUAUAAAGUUUGAAUGUUGUAAACAAUGCAAACUUUGUGAUGAUCUGGUCAUGGCUUGAAAAGCCAUGAUUCACAUACUAAUACCAGUAAUAGUAUUUUUCUGAAUAUUUCAUACGAAAAUACUCCAUUACAGAAUUGUACAGCAGAAUCAAGGAGUAAUAUGAUCAUACAAUACUUUGACAUACAUGAGGUAUGAGCUAGCUGAGGGAGCUAACCUUGAGGAAUCUUAAUUGGAAUGUGGUUAUCUUCAUUCUCUGUUUGUUUGUGUGAUGGUUGUCUUUGUGGUAUAUUCUUGUGUAAAUUUCUUAAACAUUUUUUUUAUACAAAUCUUACUUUUGUCAUCUAUGCUUCAUAGUUACAUGCUGAUCAUCUACGUAACAUCUGAAUAAAGUAGUCUUGAUCACAUAGUACCCUAGUCCCUGUAGGAUAAUUAUACCAUUCAAAAUGGUACUGUAAGUACCUUGCGUCUUUAUUCUCCGGUUAACUGUGAAAUCUUCAAUCACAUUGGUUGGUAUUCCAAUAGCAGUGGUUUAGUUGACCAGAGGCUAACUUAGAACAUACUUUUAUGGGGUGCCAUAUGCUACCUUAUUCAUCAAGAACAAAUAAUUUUAAUCAUGUGGUGAAAAGUUAUGGUUAACAAUGUUAGGGUGAGAAAUGCCUUAUAAGUACAUGGCAAAAUGAUAUUAUUCUAAUGGAAUGAGAAGAAUAUGAUUGUAUGAUACAGUAAAUGUAAGAAAGAUACUUGAUACAAUAACCUUGUUAUGAAUAUUGAAACAAUAACAUGAAACCUAACAGUCCAUAACAGAUGGUUAGUCAAACCUGGGUUUAAUUAUCAUUGACUGGUAUUCUAUAAUUAUUUUUACAGAUGCUUGACAGUUUUAUAUAACUUAACAUUUAUUAAGUUGAUGGGGCAAACUUUUACCUCAAAGGCAAUCUAGAUGUAGAUUUUUUUCCCAAGAAGACCUUAAGAAAGAUAUGUUAUUAGACUGCCAUGGAAGUGCAUCUCAUCACCUGAAACCUUUUUAUCAUGUGAUUUAUUCAUUACCAACAGCGGGUAAAAUAUUCACUUCAGUAUGUUUUCUUAUACAACAGGAAACUUUCCUUUGGAAAGACAACCUAGGUUGUAGGUGGUAAAUUUUUUACAAUUUCCCUGCUAAAUUGCAAUGUUUGUAAACAUCCGUAUGAAGCAGGAUGUGGUGAAGCUCUUUAGUCAUCUUGAACAUGAGCAAUGACCCUCAACUUUGUAUUAAGUUACAGUAAUGUUUGAGAUCAGGUUGAGUAUAGUAUUCACUAUGUCCCUCAUACCACUCCAUAAUAUAUAUUCAUCAAGCACCAACUACAUGUAAUUGUUAUCUGUUUUAGUAUUAAGCAAUACAAGGUGUUAUAUCCAAUUGCCAAAGCAAUGCAAAAUUUACCUGUUAUUUUAUCCAAUGGAAUGUGUUAAGUUGUUAGAACAAUAAUACAUUCUGUACUGUAAUAUUUACAUGUUCAUGAAGGGCAGAUGAAAUGUAAACAUUUUUUGUAGUUUUCCUUUUACUAUAAUAUACUAUCCAGUCUAUAUGUCCUAGUCUAUAAAAGAACAUUACUUUUAAAUUUGUGGUUAUAUGAAGCUUGCUCAUUGUAUUUUUCAGUGGAAUACAAUAAAAUGCCUUUGCAAUCAUUAAUAUUAUUAUGUAAGCUAUAUUUAGCUAAAAUUCUUUGAAAAUCUAAAUUUUAGAAGCAGCUAAUUGCAAUGGAUACUUUUUCAUAUGUAUUUUACAUUCCUUGUGCCUAUUUUUGUCUCGCCUGCAUAGCAGAGCGAAGCUAUAGGCGCCGCUUUUCCGACAGCAGCGGUGUCGUCAACAUUGAAAUCUUAACCAAGGUUAAGUUUUUGAAAUGUCAUCAUAACUUAAUAAGUAUAUGGACCUAGUUCAUGAAACUAGAUCAUGAAACUUGGACAUUAGGUUAAUCAAGUAUUACUGAACAUCUUGCCUGAGUUUAAGGUCAAAUGACCAAGGUCAAAAGUCAUUUAGGGUCAAUGAACUUAGACCAUGUUGGAGAAAUCAAUAUCAAAAUCUUAACCAAGUUUAAGUUUUUGAAAUGUCGUCAUUACUUAACAAUUAUUGGGACCUAGUUCAUGAAACUUAGACAUUUAUAAGGGUAAUAGUUUAUCAGUGAAGAUCCUGCCUGAGUUUUCGGGCACAUGACCAAGUUCAAAGGUGACUUAGGGUCAACGAACUUUGACUAUGUUCAGGGUAUUUUUGGAAUUGUCAUAACUUUGAAUGUUUAUGGAUCUAGUUCAUGAAAAUUAAAAAUGAUAGAAAUUAAGUAUCCCUAAACUUCCUGUGAGAGUUUCAGGUCACAUGACCAAGGUCAAAGGUCAUUUAGAGUCAACAAACUUUGAUAAUGUUGGGGGUAUUUGUGGUAUUGCCAUCAUAACUUAAAAAUUUGAUGGAUCUAGUUCAUGAAACUUGGACAGAAGAGUAACCAUGUAUCCCUGAAUAUCCUGUUCGCGUUUCAGGUCACAUGACCAAGAUCAGUGAACUUUUGCCAAGUUGGGGGUAUUUGUUGAAUUGGCACCAGCAAGUUUAUUGAUCUACAUGCAUGUAGUUCAUGAAACAUAGACAUAAGGGUAAUCAAGUAAGUUUUGCACACAUCUUGGGUCACAUGAUCAUGGUCAAAGGUCAUGUUUGGUCAAGGGACAUAGUAUUUCAUUACCAAAGAAGUGUUUUCUUUUGUGAUUAAUUAUUCAAUAGCUGUUUUCAAAGUCAGUAUUGCUGCUAUAUUGAAUCGCAUAAUGCAGGCAAGACUGCCAGAGGUGUUCCACUUGUUAGAAUUUAUCUUUGUUUUUGUAUUCAAAAUGGGUUAAAGUUAGGGAUAUAUAAUUAUAUUUAUAGUUUAUGUAAGGGGAUUGAAUUGAAUUAAAUGCCAAUGUCAUGUAAUGAUUAUUGUAAAUUAAUCCACAUGUGUGGUAUGUAAUGGUACAUAUAAAGCGGAGUUGUAACCUUCAA